AUGGCGAGUUCUCCUUCUUCCUUGCUACACGGAGUUGCGAUCCUUGCUCUCAUAUGCUGCUCCUUGUCAUGCUCGGCGGCGGCCGGAGAUGUAGUUGCUCUCGACGGACGUCGUAAUCAGUGGAAACCUCCGCCGACUCCGUUGCCAGGGAAGCAGCCCACUCCGGUGACUCCAGUCCCAACUCCAGUCCCAACUCCGCCGACUCCGGUGCCAGGGAGACCGGUGACUCCAAGUCCUCCAGUCUAUGUUCCUCCGCCACCGCCAACGCCCGUGGGCAGAUACCCGGUGACCCCAACUCCUUCUACCCCUAUUUGUGGGCCGCCGCCGCCCCCGGUGCAGCGGGAGGUGUCGGCACUUUCGCCGCACCGCAAGACCCUACAGCAGGCUGUUAAGAACGUGCUUUAA